AUGCAUGAGCUGUUUGAGCAAGUACUCUCUAAGAAGGAUCUUUCCAAAGCAGGAGAACUUUUCUCUUUAGAGGACGAUGCCAUUGAGAAUGACCUUGAGGAGAUUGUCCAACAGAUUAAACAGAUUGCAGACGCUGAAGAGUAUGAGUCUAGCGACAAUGAUCAGAGCGUGGUCGAAAUUUGCAUCACUCGGAUUACUACAGCAAUAAGAGAAUCUGACAAAAUAGAGAAACAUGCCCAGCCUCUUGUUGACCUUCUGGCCAUGUGCCUCAAACAUAAUCUGACACCAAAAACCAGAGAUGAAGACCCACCGCAUGCCAAGAUUGCUUCAGAUGUUAUGAGCCGACUGUUCUCUUACUAUGGCAACAAGACGGUGAUGACGCUAGCCAUUCCUGCAGUGGUCAGAUUCCUCAACUGUGACAACAGGGAGCUCGUCCGGAGUGUGGCCAGUUACCUGUCCUUGGCUGCCAUCGACAACUCCAGCUUACUGGCUCAGCACAUGCCUCUUGUCCUGUCCAGUGUACUGAAAGGUAACUAUUUGCUCGGCCAGGUGUUGCCCCAGAUUUAUGAAGAGAACCCGCAGCCUGUGCUAGAACAUGUCGACAAGCUAGCCAAGUUACUGGGCAAGUGUGACCCCACAGAGAAAGUCUGUUUUUUGCAGACGUUUCACAAAGUGGCCAGGACUCAUCCUCAGCUAUUGGAGAAUCACGUUGGCCAGCUGUGCACCCACUUGUCCUCAUCUCUUCACUCUCCUAUGGUUCUGAUGAUCCUGGCCGACAUGACCACAUCUCGUCCGGCCGCGCUCGUCGAUCAUCUCCCUGCUGUCCAGGCAGUGGUGGAUUCCCAGCCCAUGCUGAUGUACCAGGUCGCACAGAUCACUGGCGCAGUGGGUACAGUCAGUCAGGAACAGGCUCAGAAAUCUGUGAGGUACCUAGUGUCAAAGUUAACAGGGAUGGAUCAGUCAGUCCUGCCUGCUGUACUGCAAGAGAUCCGAGGGCUGGGACUACGACAUCAUAGCCUCAUAGAAGAACAUCUGGACAAGAUAUGUAAACUCUCCACAUCUGGAUCGAGUGCAGUGAGACUUCUGGUGCAGCAGAUCCAAGAGGAUGUCAGGAAACACUUGGUGACAUCCAGUAAAAGACAGUCUACAGCAAGAGAGGCUGCAGCGCCUUCAACCAACAGGAUAUCUUUGGUGAACGGUGAAGCCAAGGAGAAACCCAAGGAACUGAGGUCGGUCUCCAGCCAGACUGAGGGAACGGUCACCGUGAUCACCGUGGGUAAUCCACCAAAUACAGCACAGCCGAGCGGAACCGUGUCUGCCAAACAUACAACCCUGCCCCUGACUGUGUCGGCCGGACAUUCUGGUCUGCCUCCUGGCAGUGUGUCAAGUCAGCAGAGUUUAGCAAAGCUACACAGCUCUGCCCGCACACAGAGCCCUGAAUCCAUGUCUGACACCAGCGUUGGAAAGUCUUACACCAGUGUUGGAAUGUCUGCUGAUCGGGUCAGCUGGCAUGAGUCCAUUCGAGACGGUGUGCAGCUGUUUUGUGAGAAACACUUUGCAAAGAUCAAAAGCUUCAUCCUCAAGCUGAACGCCACCAUCCCUCUGCCGGUCAAGUGUAGCGUUGUCAAUGGAAAACAUAAGAGGUAUUUGAAGCUCCAUUUUGAAUGUGCCAACCAGUCAGAGCGGUGUCUAUACAGUGGGUCUCAUUUCACCUUGAACACCCGAUUCCCAAAGUUUUGGGUACAUCUCAUGUUUCUCUCUGUGCAGGCACGAUCAAGACAUGCCCUGAGCCAGCGAGAUCCAAAUGUCACCUGUCUCAAAGCAUGCUGGGAUGCUCUGAAAGGGGACACUACUAACAGUUUUUUAACUUUGGUGACCUCAAGCUUUCCAUCUCAGAAGGACCAGCUGACUCUGUUGCAUGAGCUGCAUCAGAUGCGUUACUUUGAUGUGUUUGAGCUGAACGCAGCCAAGGAACACUGGGCCUGUUUCAUGUGUAACCACCCUGAAAGGUUGUCGGAAUUGUUGAAUGAUGGUUGCCCGGAGAUUGCAGGACAGCUCAAAGAGAAAAAGGGAAAGUGGAAAUUCUUCAAAAGAUGGAAAACUCGAUACUUCACUUUGUCCGGGGGUUCAAUUACUUACAACAAGAGCAAUGCGACUAAGGCAACUUUACCUGUGACCCAAAUCCAGAGUGUCAAGGCCGUAAGGAAAGGAAUUCGGGACACCCCCAAGGCCUUUGAGAUAUUCACGGGAGAUCAGACGUACCGGUUCAAGGCUAAAGGACAUCACAAUGUGGAGCAGUGGGUGCAGUGUCUGCACAUAGCGGUGGCCAGGUCCCAGCUGCUAGGACCGGCGUCUGCAGGUGUACCCAGUGGACUGUCCGCCAGUAGUAGUCUCAUCUCUGGAGCCACCAAUGGCUCGGCUCCAGCCAGUGGCGUGGCGCUGAGGGCAGGUCGCCGCCAUGUCAACAGACCUUCGACGUAUGCUGGGUUCUUUGAGCCACACAUGACACAAAUUCAGACUGUGAACCCACCUCCUCGGCGCAGAGUUGUCAUGGACACAAAGCUCUAA